GAUGGAGGCUGAGGUUUAUAUGAGGAGGGGCAGUAAUAAAGGAGGGGGUCCGGAGGAGGAGGAGGAGAACGAGGAGGAGGAGGAGGAGGAGGAGGAGGAGGAGGAGGAGGAGGAGGAGGAGGAGGAGGAGGAGGAGGAGGAGGAGGAGGAGGAGGAGGAGGAGGAGGAGGAGGAGGAGGAGGAGACAGGCGAGUACAGAAUAGAGAGUGCUCGAGAAGAGGCAAGAAGGUUGCGAGUGGAUGCAUUUAAGGUUAUCUAACACGAAGGAACCAGUUGAGUGGAUG